AAAAUUGCAUGUAUGCGUUACCUACAGUUUUACGAAGUGUUUUGUUAGAAACGUAACAAACGAAUGCAUCGAAGCUAUAAUUUUUUAACUAUUUGAGAAGCAUAAUAAUUGCAAAUAUGAGUAUUUUCAUGCAGAAACUCCCUGUUUUAUUGAAGUUCACGAAUCAGAUUUCGUACAGAUCGUCGAUAUUUAAACCCAGACAAUUUUCAACAGGAUUUUUACUACGGGCCAACGAACCAUCAGAUCCAUCGAAAGUGGAAAAGAAGGAGGAAUCAGUAAGACUAAAACAGUUUCACCAAAAACUGAAGUUACAACCAAUACCUAGAGUACCUCCAAAAGAACGUUUCGUGGAUUUGGUACUCGUGGAAACUGAUCCGAACGGCGAACUGAUAACCAAUAGCGAAAAAGAUCCGACGAAAUGGGGAGACUGGCAGAACGGCGGCCGCGUGAGCGAUUUCUAAUUUGAAAGUUUGCGUUUUGUAUUUUCACGAAAUUAAAUUAAAACAGAAGAUGCUAUUCAUUUUCUUAAAUUGAUAAAUUCAUUGUAGAGUCUAACUGAAUCACUAAAAUGUUAAUACAUAAUAAAUUGAGUAUAAUAGUACUGACAGUAUAUUUCUUUUACUUGCAGUAACUAAUAAAAUUUCUAGAAUGUUAUAUCUUUAUAAGUCGUUCUCUUCAAAUCAAGGAUUGAAGAUAGUCACGACAUCGGUUCCAGUUCUUAAAAUAGUUAUCGAGAACUGACAAAAUGCCUGUUAGACUGUUUUAGAUACAUCAGUUCUACUAACAUCUAGCAUGUAAUCAUCAGAAUAUUUCCAUAAAUGCAUAAACGUCGACAGUCUAUUAAUAACAAUAAUGAUAUUUUUUCAGUUCUCCAUAACUUUUUCGGUCAGAACCGAUAUAUGUAUAAGAGUUUAAACCAAUUAUUUUCGGAACCGUCUCAGUCCCUGCUUGAAACAAAAACUAUCAGCUAAAACUAGAAACAAUUUACAGUUAAUCUAAUAUUAUUUUUAUAUGGAGAAAUGAAAGAUAAUACGUUCGAACUUCUAUUAUUACUUAUAAUAAUUGUAUACAUUUAAAGAGAAUUAAACGUUUGAUUUAUUCAA